UUUGGAAUUGUUACGGCAAGGUGGUGUAUCAUAUUUUGCGCAUGCAUGGCACAAGUGAACAAGUAGGCUAAGGCUGAUAUAUUCCCCUGCUAUGCAUCUUCCAAAGUGAACCCUUUCUGGGACAAGGCGCGCAAGGUCUGGUGAAUGAUCCUCAAAUCCGAAGUCAUGCGACUGGCUUUGCAGAGAAAGGAGGAGCCAAAGGCUAAGACAUUUAAGUUGAACAGCCCCUUUAUGUUCGAAAGUUGAGCAGAAAGUUCAGAGAUAAGUCCAUGUAUCUAUUUGGCUACAAAUAAUUCCGAGUCGCUACACAACGCUGCUGACGCACCCGAUACCUCUACUGUUUUCCCGACGGUAACUUCUCCUGGAGCUCUGAAGUUAUAUACGAAAACCUCAUCAUGCAGUCACAGUGGACAGAUAUUUCAACAACAACAGCUGUCUAUAAUUCAAUAUAUGAUAAACAGCCUCAACAUUUUUUGUGAACGUUUCGGGUGGAGCCAGACAUCUUCGAACAUAUAUGCAGGACUCGAAAGAAAUCGUUUUUCGUCUUUAUCCGCACAAGGCUUCCAAAUCGGGUGGCCAUGAACCUGAGCGCGCAUCACCAUCACCACCUCACCAUAAAGAACUUCGACAACAGCCAGCUGUUGUACGGGGAGGACAACUUCACCCAUAACUUCACCACGGGCGACAACAACCACACAUUGCAAUGCGCCAACAUUCUGAUGCCCCAGGAGCUGUUUUUAACCCUGGGCUUGGUGAGCCUGGUGGAGAACAUCUUGGUUGUCCUCGCCAUCAUCAAAAACAGGAACCUGCACUCUCCAAUGUACUACUUCAUCUGCUGCCUCGCCGUCUCCGACAUGCUGGUGAGCGUGAGCAACGUGGUGGAGACGGUGUUCAUGAUGCUGCACGAUAACGGAUUUAUCACCAUGAUGCCCAGCAUGAUGCAGCACCUGGACAAUGUUAUAGACAUCAUGAUUUGUAGCUCAGUGGUGUCCUCCCUGUCUUUCCUGUGCACCAUCGCUGCCGACCGCUAUAUCACCAUCUUUUACGCGCUGAGGUACCACAGCAUCAUGACGACGCAGCGCGCUGCCACCAUCAUCGUCGUAGUGUGGUCGGCCAGCAUCACCGCCAGCAGCUUUUUCAUUUUCUACUACACCAACAAAGCGGUCAUCAUCUGCCUCGUGACCUUCUUCAUCAUCACGCUGGUCUUCACGGCGGUGCUCUACCUGCACAUGUUCAUUCUGGCGCACGUGCACUCCAGGCGCAUCAUGGCAUUCAAUAAGAGUCGCCGCCAAGCCACGAGUAUGAAAGGCGCGAUCACUCUCACCAUUCUUCUAGGCGUCUUCAUCGUUUGCUGGGGACCGUUUUUCCUUCAUCUGAUCUUGAUCCUGACCUGUCCCCAGGCCCCGCUUUGCAAGUGUUUCUUCAGCUACUUCAACCUGUUUCUGAUUCUCAUUAUUUGCAACUCUCUUAUCGACCCGCUGAUUUACGCGUACCGUAGCCAGGAACUGCGCAAGACGUUGAAAGAGUUGGUUUUCUGCUCCUUGUGUUGUGUGAUAUAGAUGUGGACUCGCGGAGGAGAAUCACGUCUUGGAAUUGACAGUGGUAAUAAGUAGGGAUGCCACUGACUGCUGGUUUCGCUGGGUUUAACCUUUUUGGAGCAAACCGACUAUCUUGAAAUGGAAUAUAAUAAUACAAGUGUUUAACCCUCUUUUUCAACCCUGUAUGUAUGGGAAAAUAGACUUUAAAAUAAAAAAUGGACAGUCAUAUUGCUCCAGUUUAGUAUUUUUUACAUGUAUAAUGUAUUGGAGAUAUGGAGACAGCCAGCCCUGUUGCGCGCAAAAGGCGCGUUGUACUUGGCGAAGUGAAUCCUAUGUGCUCGUAAUUUGUAUUUUUUAAAAUUUACAUUAUGGUGUACUACUUGAUCUGUUGACAUUACUUAUGUAUAUUUGGCAUGAAGGAGAUCGAAUAUACUUCAGAACCAAGUAGAUAAUCUCACCCCAAUAUUGCAAGAAAACAUCAAGUGUUGAUAUUGACAGAUGGGGUGUAUGUAAAUGUUUCAAUAUUUGAUCAUAUCUCAGUGUUUGAAAAAGUACUGUUGUCAUAGCCCACUGUACAGCAAGUUAUUGCACAUCAGUUUCAAUAGGCCUAUACAAUAGAGAGUGUUUGUCUGGAUAGUGGGUAUGACAUUUUUAAUUAUGCCUGUUUUAAAUCUUUUUAAAUUAUUUGAUAGGAAUAAUACAUAACUUGAACUGAGGCUACUUUCAAACGAGACAUCUUGGUGAACGGUUUGUUGAGUGAUACCACAGCCUUUUUUCAGCCUAUACCAGUAGCCCAACACACCCUGAUAGCUACAGCAGAGAUGCCAGAGAAACUAUUCUCCAAAAUGCUCAUGCAAACCCAAUUCGCAUGAAUGUAGGUGACACUUUGUAUUUUUAUACCAAG